CCCAAAAUCUGCACCUUGCUCCACUUUUCCUUUGCCUCCAGAGUUUUUCCCCAAAAUUGUCAUUCCCUCUCUUAAUUUUCCAUCUUCCACUCUUCCUGCCCCCCAAAAUUUUUUCCCCAAAAUUAUUCAUUCCCUCCCUUAGUUGCUUCCACUUUAUUGGAAUUCAUAUAAUUGAACACCUUUGAUAUUAGAAUCGUUUGGCUUCAUGAAUUCAAAAGCCAAUUACAGGACAUCAAGCUUUGCAACUAGGUUCACACCAUUGCAACCAAGGCCAUUGGAGUCGAUUAUUGAUAUAGAGAGGGCACAGAAUAAAUCAACUGAAGAACUUACGGACAUUUGGGAUGAUGAAAAUCUUCAAGGAUCAAAAUCUUAUUCUGCACACCCACAUGAAAUGAGGGAUCCGCUUACAAAAGAGUUACUGGGUCAGAUCAAAUUUUUCUAUGAGAUGAAUUGUAGCAAUGAACGUGGGUGGACAACUAAAGAAGCGGAGUCCCAUUAUAAUCAAAUGGUCAACCUUUUACAAGAAGAAAAUUCUCAACGAGAUUCGAAUGAACACCUAUGCCUUUAAAAGAAUCUGAAAUAUGUGAGUAAGUUUUGGGCAAGAGAUUUUGCCACGUUGAUCAAUAGAAAAAUUCAAAGAAGAAAAGGUUGCAAAAUUGUGGUAUUUGUGCAGAGAAUGCUGCUUUACAAAAUAAGUUUGAAGAUCUUUGCUCUCAAUUGAAAUCUCUGCAGACAUUUUUUAAGUCGCAUUCUUGAAGAGUUUCUUCGGUCUAUUCAAUCUGAUGUGUCUUCGUCCAAUGUUUUAAAUGGUGAUAAUUAAUAUGUUUUUUACUUUAUUUUUGGUGAUGUAGUAAUAGUUAUAUAUUUUUAUUUGAUUGAGGCAAUAGUUUCCAACUUUACAUCUACUAGUUUUUAAUGUUGAGAACACUAAUGAUUGAACAGACUGUAUUUUUUUGUCUAAAUCAUGAUAUUUGAUAUAAUUAAUAUCUAGUUGUAGUUGUAGUUGAU